GAGGCUCAAGGAGGCCGGCGUUUUCCCUUCCCCCCUUCCCCUGUUUCUCGGAGUUUCUCGGCCUCCAGGAAGGGAAAUGGACCGGGACUGAAGGCGGCUCCGCGUGAUCCCCGACCCCUUCCCUCCCCCCCUUUCCCCGACUCGGAGAAGCCUCGCAGUGGGGGAAAAGCUGCUCUGAUUUCUUAUUCUACCCACGGCUUGCCAAGCAGUUGAUGCAGAAGGUCAAGAGGGCUCGUCUGGAAAACGAAACUUCGGGAAGUUGGAGAAGUUCCUUGACCAGCUCAGGAGGAAGGCCGAGGAUGACGGCGGUGGACGCGUUGUUGGAGAACGCCGAGGUUGUGGAGAUGGAAGAAACGGCCUCAUCUCAGUUCCACGUGGAGAAGCACUCGUGGGAGGGGCUGCGCGACAUCAUCCACGGAAGCCGCAAGUACACGGGAAUGAUCGUCAACAAGGCGCCCCAUGACUUCCAGUUUGUCCGGAAGACUGAGGAGUCCAGCCCUCACUCUCACCGCUUAUACUAUCUCGGAAUGCCAUACGGGAGCAGGGAGAAUUCCCUCCUCUACUCUGAGAUUCCCAAAAAGGUACGGAAGGAAGCCCUGCUCUUGUUGUCAUGGAAACAGAUGCUGGAUCACUUCCAGGCUACCCCCCACCAUGGGAUGUACUCCAGGGAGGAGGAGCUGCUGAGGGAGCGCAAGCGGCUGGGCGUCUUUGGGAUCACCUCCUACGACUUCCACAGGGAGAGUGGCCUCUUCCUCUUUCAGGCCAGCAACAGCCUCUUCCACUGCCGGGAUGGAGGCAAAAACGGCUUCAUGGUCUCACCGAUGAAGCCGCUGGAACUCAAGACCCAGUGCUCAGGGCCCCGGAUGGAUCCCAAAAUCUGUCCGGCAGAUCCCUCUUUCUUCUCAUUCAUCAACAACAACGACCUCUGGGUAGCAAACAUCGAGACGGGAGAAGAGCGCCGGCUGACGUAUUGCCAGAAAGGCUUAUCCAGCGUGUUGGAUGAUCCCAAACUGGCAGGCGUCGCCACUUUCGUCAUUCAGGAGGAGUUCGAUCGGUUUACAGGGUACUGGUGGUGUCCCACCUCUUGCCAAGAAGGCCCUGAGGGCUGGAAAACGUUACGAAUCUUGUACGAGGAGGUGGAUGAGUCGGAGGUGGAGAUCAUUCACGUUCCUUCUCCCGCCCUGGAAGAAAGGAAGACGGACUCGUACCGGUAUCCCAGAACAGGCAGCAAGAACCCCAAGAUCUCGUUGAAGCUGGCAGAAUUUCAGACAGACAGCCAGGGGAAGAUUGUCUGUGCGCAAGACAAGGAGCUGGUGCACCCGUUUGCUACGAUAUUCCCAAGGGUGGAGUACAUCGCACGGGCUGGGUGGACCCGGGAUGGGAAAUAUGCCUGGGCCAUGUUCCUGGACAGACCCCAGCAGCAGCUCCAAGUGGUCUUCCUCCCCCCCGCGCUCUUCAUCCCUGUCCCGGAAAGCGAGGAGCAGCGCCUGGAAUUCGCCAAAGCUGUGCCUGAAAACGUCCAGCCCUUCAUUAUCUACGAGGAGGUCACCGACGUGUGGAUCAACGUCCACGACAUCUUUUACCCUUUCUGCCAGCUCGAGGGGAGGGAGGACGAGCUCUGCUUCAUCCGCGCCAACGAAUGCAAGACCGGGUUCUGCCAUCUGUACAGGGUCACGGUCCUCCUCAAGAGGGAGAGCCACGACUGGACGCGGCCCUAUGUCCCGAGCAAAGGGGACUUCAAAUGCCCGAUCAAGGAAGAGGUCGCCCUAACCACUGGGGAAUGGGAAGUUCUGGCCAGGCACGGAUCCAAGAUCUGGGUGAACGAAGAGACGAAGCUGGUGUACUUCCAGGGCACCAAGGACACGCCUCUGGAACAUCACCUCUACGUAGUCAGCUACGAGACUCCCGGGGAGAUCGUACGGCUCACCACCUUGGGUUUCUCUCACAGCUGUUCCAUGAGCCAGAAUUUUGACAUGUUCAUCAGCCACUACAGCAGCGUCAGCACUCCCCCCUGUGUGCACGUUUACAAGCUCAGCGGUCCAGACGACGACCCCCUUCAUAAGCAGCCGAAAUUCUGGGCCAGCAUGAUGGAGGCAGCCAGCUGUCCUGCCGAUUACAUCCCCCCUGAGAUCUUUCACUUCCGCACCCAGUCCGAUGUCGAGCUUUACGGGAUGGUGUACAAGCCCCACAACCUCCAGCCCGGGAAGAAGCAUCCCACCGUGCUCUUUGUGUACGGAGGACCUCAGGUCCAGUUAGUGAAUAACUCUUUUAAAGGCAUCAAGUACCUGCGGCUCAACACACUGGCAUCCCUUGGCUAUGCUGUGGUGGUGAUCGACGGGCGGGGAUCUUGCCAGAGAGGCCUUAAGUUUGAAGGGGCUCUGAAGAAUCAGAUGGGUCAGGUGGAGAUCGAGGACCAAGUGGAAGGUUUACAUUACGUUGCGGAGAAAUACGGGUUCGUCGACCUCAGCCGCGUCGCCAUCCACGGCUGGUCGUACGGAGGCUUCCUGUCCCUGAUGGGGCUUAUUUGCAAGCCCCACGUCUUCAAGGUCGCUAUAGCAGGGGCCCCCGUCACUGUCUGGAUGGCUUACGACACCGGUUACACGGAAAGGUACAUGGACGUCCCAGAAAACAACCAGCAAGGCUACGAAGCAGGCUCGGUGGCGCUGCAUGUAGACGAGCUCCCCAAUGAGCCCAACCGUCUGCUGAUCCUCCACGGGUUUCUGGAUGAAAACGUGCACUUUUUCCACACCAAUUUCCUGAUCUCCCAGCUCAUCCGUGCCGGGAAACCUUAUCAGCUACAGAUCUACCCCAACGAGCGACACAGUAUUUGCUGCCCAGAGUUGGGGGAGCAUUACGAAAUCACGCUGCUGCACUUUCUCCAAGAAUACCUCUGAGGGCCGAGUCCCGCCGCAGGCCCUUGCGAACACCCGACGACUCCUGACUCUGCUCCUCACCUCCCCCUUUUCGCCCCUUGGCAGCCUUUGAACCCAGAGCACAAGUCGCCUUCUGCUGCGUGCGCGUCUCUUGUGCCAGAGGUGUCCCGAGUCAAAAGAGGGAAGCGGAGACCGCCCCGUCUGGAUGGCGCAGCUCUCUUACCUUGUUCCUUCAGCUCCUCUCUAGGUUUUUUAAAAACAAAACAUUUCCCUGGGUUUUGCUGCUACUUUUUUUUGUGCUGGGACUAAAGACAGGCGUCCCCCCACCCCACCCCGCUGCAGUUCUCUGUAUGUGUUUCGCUUCCCCCCCUUGUCUCUUCUGCCCCCUACCUUUAAUUGUAUUCCACUCUCUUCCUUGCAACAUUUUCUUUGCUUUUUCUCGCAUUUUGGGAGAUGGAAGAGCCCCCCUCCCCCAGCUGCCAAGAAGUGGAAGAGGAGGGGGGGACACACAGAGGCGAAGGACGGGGCGGUGCAUCCAAGGACAGAUGUUGGUGAUGAUGCGUCUCAGGCUACACCUCGGUGCUCAUUCGUGUCCUCGCUGCGACGUACUCGAAAACUAGGAACUCUGGGAUUGCGGGGCAGCUCCGUCUGAGAAGCAUGAAGUGCUGAUGUUUGGGGAUCCUUCUCUGCAACCCCCCUCCUCACCCCCAGUUUGGGUCAGGUGAUGCUCUUUCAGAAGGGGAAGGCACGGCGCCAGUGCAGCGCUCGCAUGACCAGGGACUGCAGCGGCACCUGGUUUGUUUGUGUUGCAAGAUUAAUUUAUGCAGAUACUCCUCUCCCCGCCCUCCCAUCCUUCCUGUAUCUGUCCCACGGCCCUUUUCUCACACACCCCCAAUCUCCUUCCUCCCCAUGCUGAGUGUUCAGGCGUGUGCUCCAAGUACAGGCACCGCUUCAGUUCUCUGCAGGUCAGCGACUGUAUCCCCUCGCCCAUCCAAUCCAGGCAGGCACGUUGCUCAUUUUCUCUCCCGUCACCCCUCCCCCCCGGUCUUCAGUCCUAACACCGGCCAGCACAGGCUGUAGUUAAGGCCUUGGGGGGGGGGUUUGCCACGUUUAUGCACCUCAGGGGGGGCCCUCCUUGCCUGCUUGCUCACAACCUCCCUUCUUCCUGCCCUUCUCCAGAUGGGGGGGGCAGAGGGGGGGCGCCAUCGAAACCGAGGAGAAGCAUCCACUUGCCUAAAAGAUGAACCACAAAACGACUUGCCCAAGUUAUCUUAAGUGCGUAUUAUGAAAAGAAAAUAUUUUUAUGGAUUCUUAUUCUUUUAUAAUUAUGAGUGUAAGAUGUAGUGACUCAUUAAAAUAUUGGAAACCGGCCCUCUGUUG